GGCCAGACGUCAGUUCCGCUGCCCAGCCGCCUCACCGCCACGUCACUUCCGGCUCGCUCUUUCCUCUCCGCGCUCCCAACAUGACGCAGGCCAAACAGAAGCCGCUGCUGCAGCAGAAGAAGCCCGCGGGCACCAAGAAAGCCAAGAAGGGCGUCCAGUGGAAGUUCACGCUGGACCUGACCCACCCGGUGGAGGACGGCAUCCUGGACUCGGCCAACUUUGAGGCGUACCUCAAAGAGAGGAUCAAGGUGAACGGGAAGACGGGGAACCUGGCCAACGUGGUGGCGGUCGUCCGCAUGAAGAACAAGAUCAGCAUCACCUCUGAGAAGCAGUUCUCCAAAAGGUACCUGAAGUACCUGACCAAGAAGUACCUGAAGAAGAACAACCUGCGCGACUGGCUGCGCGUGGUGGCGUCUGACAAGGAGACCUACGAGCUGCGCUACUUCAACAUCAGCCAGGACGACGAGGAGUCGGACGCGGACGAGUAAUAAAGCUGCAGAACGAGAA